AUGUCCAAAGCAAAGGCUGCACCCCCUCCUGGGUGCACUCUGAACAUCACCGAUCCUCAGGUCCAGGAGGCUGCCAUCCGAAUCCAAGCCUCAUAUCGUGGCCACAGGUCACGUAAAGAGCUGCGGGAGAAAGGCCCCCCAAAGAUCCUGCAGGAGCUCAAAGAUGUGGUUCUUGUUGAGGGCAGCGCGGCAAAGCUGGAGUGCAGAGUUAGCGCUUUCCCAGACCCUUUCAUUGUCUGGUACAAGGAUGGCAAAGAGUUGAAGGAUGGUCCCAAGUACCGUUAUGUUUUUGAAGACCCAGAUUUUGUGGCACUGGUGGUUCGAGAUGGGGUUCUUGCUGAUCUGGGAAAAUACACUGUUGCCAUUAAAAAUCCAUUCGGAGAAACACAUGGAUCUGCCUGUAUUCUUGUGGAAGUCCCUGCUAAGGUUUCUAAGGGCCCAGACAAUCUAAAAGCCAAGAGAGGCACAACGGUGGCGCUCAAGGCUGAAAUAAGUGGGGAGCCUCCACCAGACGUUGCCUGGCUCAAAGAUGGAGAUGACAUUGAAGAAGACGACAGGGUGUUCUUUGACGUCGGAGAUACCAGCACAAUAUUGACCAUCAAAAAUGCAAAACUGUCUGAUGCAGGCAAGUAUGAGGUGUUUGUGGAGAACAAUCUGGGCACAGAUCAAUCUUUCGCUCGCAUCGACAUCCUCUGAUGCAACGUAUCUACUAGCAACUACAGCGACGCCAACACAAUGAGCCUUUGUUCUCUGACAGACAGUUAAUUAAUCUUAUUAAUUUCAACCUGCACAGAACUCAAUAAAUAAACAAAUUGCAAUUAUGCUCAAACAACAAAAAGAAAACUUUUUUUGCUGGCAUUUGUGUAUUUUACCAUGUAUUAUUCAGUAUUCAGUUUGAUCUUCUGCUAUUUUUUUCAUUAUUGCUUUUUGUAUUUGAUAAAUGAAGAAAGGCAGACGCGCCAUGAUGUAAAAGUAAAUAUAUCAAAAAUAUAUUUCAACAUGGAAGGUUCACAUGAAUGGAUUUAAGCAAGAGAUUCUUUGUGGUUAGCGGCCUCUAGUGGUGAUCAGAGGAGUUACAGUUUGUGGUACUGCCGCACUGCUUUACCACUCAGUUAUGUUGUGCGGCUGUUACUUGAUUUUAAUGCAGCAAAAACAAGCUUUGGACAAAGAUUGUGAUCAAGGCCGAGCACACUCACCCUGGAGAAGGUUUUCCAUCACACAUGCAAAGUAAACACCAGCCCUUCUUGUCACAGGUUGC